CUCGCCGGAUUUCACUGAUUCUCACCGGUCUCUUCCUCCUCCGCCGCCAUGCCGCACCUCGUUCGCGAGCGGCUCUACUUCGGCGACAUCAAAGAUGCCAUCGCCGCCCUCACUGAUUCCUCCUCCACCCCGACCUUCACCCACGUCCUCUCGGUCGUCAGCUCCGCCUCCAUCUCCUUCAUCACCGACUGCCGCCCGGGCCUCGCCAUCCCCACCGAGGAGGUCCGCCGCGUCGUCGCUGGCGAGGAGGGCGCGCCACCGACAGCUGCGGUGCCCCCCGGGACGCUGAUGCGGGUGGUGGAGCGCGCUGGGGACGUGCGGGUCACGCGGAUGGCCGUGCCGCUACGGGAUACGGAGGAGGAGAACCUGCUCGACCACCUCGAGCCCUGCCUUGACUUCAUCGAUGAUGGCAGGAAGGUGGGGAAUGUCCUCGUCCAUUGCUUUGCCGGGGUAUCUAUGAGUGCUUCCAUCAUUGUUGCUUAUCUCAUGAGAUCAGAGCAGAAACCUCUGGAAGAAGCAUUAGAAUCUUUGAAGGAAAUUUCUGAGUUGGCAUGCCCGAAUGAUGGUUUUCUUGAACAGUUGAAAUUGUUUGGAGAAAUGGGCUUCAAAGUCGAUACUUCAAGUCCUUUGUACAAGAGAUUCCGCUUAAAAUUAUUAGGUCAAUCCUACAAAUUUGGGGAGAAAAUAGGCAGCUAUAUGUUUGAAGAUGACCCUGGCCUUUCUCCACUACCUGGCUCUUGUCAAGAUCCUUCAAAGACAGAGCAACAUAAAACUGCUUACCGCUGCAGGAAGUGCAGGAGAAUUAUUGCUGUGGAGGACAAUGUUAUAAGUCAUGUUCCUGGUGAAGGUGAAUCUUGCUUUGACUGGAACCGAAGGAAGAGUGGUCAUUCAUACAGCAACAAAGAACAAGAUUGCUCGUCUUUAUUUAUCGAGCCUCUGAAAUGGAUGACUCCAGUCAAAGAGGGUGCUUUGGAGGGGAAGCUAUCAUGCAUCCACUGCGGAGCUCGGUUAGGAUACUAUCCUAACUGGUCAGGAAUACAGUGCAACUGUGGCAGCUGGGUUACUCCUGCCUUCCAAAUUGUUAAGAGCAAAGUUGAUAUCAGCACCAUCUAGACAUUGGGAACGGCCUGCAGAGCGACCAAACCAUUGGUGAAGUUUGAGGGAUAAUGAGGAGUGUGACAAUACUGGCACCUUGCGGAUGGUGGCUUUGGCUUAAGGUUUCGUGUACAAUAUAUUCACAUGCAUAUAGUGACGCAAUAGCUGUGUGCAGCAAAGAUUGUACAAAAUUACGCAUUUGAUGUUGUAGCAACAGAUUUUGCUGUGAGAGACAGUCGUCUGUAGGCUGGAAAUGGACCGAAUCAUAUUGUGCAGAGAAAGGCACAUCAGUAUCUGUAAUCUUUCAGUGAAUUCAAACUCCACGGAUGUUUUUGACUUUUUUUUCCAUUCCUUUUUCAAGGCGCGGAUGUAUCUUAAGGUUCAAACUUUUGUGAUAUGCGAUCAACUAAUCUAUGAAGAUUCAAACAGUUUCCAGUUUUUUGGGUA